AACUGUCCCAACUAACUUUACCUAAGCGCAUGCGCAGCGCACUGUUUCCGAACUUCAAGAUGUCUGCCGACGAAGAUACAGAACUUAGAGAUUUGGUUGCCCAAACGUUAGAAACUAACGGUACUUUGGGCAAAAUAAGGGCACAACUUCGGGCAAGCGUAUUCUUGGCAUUGGAAGAGCAAGAAUCAGUGCAGAAUAAAACUCCAUUCCUAAACAAAGACUUAAAACAGUUCCUGUCUACCAAAGAGGGUCGUCAGAUAGCGAGUCUGGUUCGUGAAUUCCUUGAGUUCUUUGACUUGGAAUUCACAUUGGCCGUCUUCGACCCUGAAACAGGCCUGGGUCAAGAUUAUGACAAGCGUGCCACACUAGCGCGGGAGUUGAAGCUCCCUGAUACAGGCUCCUCCCCCAAGGCCCCCUUGCUGUCCGAGGUGGUUCGUCCCACUCCGCAGGGAAGCAAGCCACCGCUCACCCACUCCAGGUCUAUAACUGAAGAGGCUGAGGACACCGUGAGAAUCCCCAAGGAACUCACAGCCACACAGAUAGAGGCUGCACAAAAAAAGUUUGAGUAUUAUGACAAGGAUGGCAGUGGUUCAAUUGACAAGGAUGAAUUACGAGAUCUCUUCAUUGACAUCUUCCCACAUUUCCAUAAAAAUAUGCUUGACAGAUACGUAAAUGACGAGUUCAAAGCAGUGGACAGUGACUUUAGCAGCAGAAUCUACUCACUCACCCCUAGAGGUAUUGACUUUGAGGAAUUUCUGGGGAUGUACAAGCGCCUGUUCCUGCUCUGUCGGACGGUGGUGUCAGAUGAUGUGGGAGACAUUGUGCCCACAUCUCCCAAGAAGAUGAGAGACGUCCCUUCAUCUCCACCCUCGUCCAAGUCUUCCAGUUAUGCAGAAAACAACUUCUUCAACUCAUUAGAAGCCAAAAACCACAAGAACCUGGAACACAACAAGCAGCCAUCUAGCGAGGCCAGCAACGGCCCCAAACACAACUCACUCAUCGACCUGGGCAGCGACCAGGAGGGCGACUCCUUCUUUGAUGAACCUGUACCUGCAGCUGGAAGCUACACCCUGUCCAACAGGCACAGAAAUAAAAAAAAUGUUAGUCCCUCGUCUCAUAACCGACGCAGCAGUUCGCCUGGGCGGACGUCCCAGAUUCCUGUGUAUAUCGCGGGGGCCAGGAGUGAGGAGAAGGACAAGAAGCCCACCUCCAACGGAGGAACUGCACAGAAGCACGGCACCGGCAACAUGAGCUCCUUGCAGGGUCUGCCAUCACUCACCUCGGACAAGGCACCACCAGCUCAGUCUCAUGGAAAUAGUUCUUUGAAUGCCAGUUCAGAUCCGAAUCUGCGAUCGCUUGACAAGAGGAUGGUUGACUUGGGAUUUGGGGACAGUCAAGAGGACUUUGAAUAUGAAGAUGACUUCCAAGACUCGAUUCACAGCGCCAGUGCCAAGAGUCCACGGGUCAAAUCGGAGGCCAAGUCGGUAAAUGAGAAUGGUGGUGGCAGCAUCGCAGAGGAGAUUGAGGAAGAAGAUUUGGAUGACUUCUCCAUAGAGGGAGAGGAUUUCCUUAAGAGUGACAAGAGUGAGUUUGAUGACAUGACAACAGACAGGAGUAUAUCCCAGGCUGACGGAGGCUUCGACUAUGCAGAAGAAGUGCAUUUACCAUAGCAUCGUCGCUCAGAAGCUGCACUAUGUCAGAGUGAAUUAUGGAAAAGAGGAUUGUGUUAUGGGUGGAUGAUCAGAACAUGCUUCAAUGUCAGCAAUGAGCCAAAUAGUGAAACUUUCAGACGAGUCAGAGAUGAUAUACUGUUCUCUCAGUGAGUCUCAUUUCUGAUGUCCCGCCGUGAUGUGGUUGGAAUAUUGCUAAAAGCUGUGUAAAAGUGGUCUCACUCAAUCCCUCUCAGUGAGUCUCAUUUCUGAUGUCCCGCCGUGAUAUGGUUGGAAUAUUGCUAUAAGCUGUGUAAAAGUGGUCUCACUCAAUCCCUCUCAGUGAGUCUCAUUUCUGAUGUCCUGCCGUGAUGUGGUUGGAAUAUUGCUUAAAGCUGUGUAAAAGCCGUCUCGCUCAAUCCCUCUCAGUGAGUUGAUCAUAGCAACUGUGAACACAUUCUCUCAGAGUAUCCAUUUGGUAAAUUUGUUAACAGUGUUGUUUUGUGAAAAGUAACUCAUGUCCUCUUGCCAAAUAAUAAAUCAACACAGCUAAUACUUUACUUAAUCCGGUAGGGUUUUAGGAUAUUUGACUGCAUGAUAUAAUAGUUGAUUUCUGUUACGUGUAGUUAUCCAGUGACGAUGGUGUCAAUCUCCAGACAGAGAGCAAGGGGCCAGUAUGUGAGAAUCUCUCUGAAUGUAGCAAAGAUAAUUUAAAUCUCUCCUCAGGGUUAUGGUAAACAGUGGGUAACCUGUGUUUAAUCUAGCCAGGGGUGUCACGAUGGUCCACAAUACAUUAAGCAUUUCUUUUUUUCUCUUAUCAAUACAAGACCUGUUCAGGGAUAAUUCUGGGGUGGGGCCUUUCGCUUUUAGCCCCUUAAUGGGAAAUAAGGCCCACAUUUUCAAAUAUAAUGAGUCAGUUUAACAUCCUGCUGUGUGGGCAAGUGUGGGUCUACCUCUGGAAUAUUUGAAAUUUUCACAUGAAGGGCUCAUGUCAGAAAAUUCCUAGAGUGAACCCUGCCUGUUAGAAGCAAGAAAGGUAUUAUUGUGGCAUGGGCUGCCCAGUCGUCCUAGAUGCUGCCGGGGGCACGGGUGGCCCAGUCAUCUAAGGCGCUGCGAUUCGCUGUGCAGAGUUGCGUUCCUUGGGCACGCCAGAAACCUAUGGUUGUGGGUUCGAAUCCCGGUUCGCCCCGAUUAUGUUUCUAGGUUUGUCAG